GAAUGUCAAAAAAAUGGUGGUGCUGGGCUGCCUGACUGCCUGCUGCUCUGCUUCGAUUUACUGUUGUGUUAUUUCAUAAUAGUAACAAACAACAGGAAAGUCACUAAAUAUUUGGCAUUCACUUACAGAACAAGAUCAUUAAAUUAAGAUUUUAAGAAUAAUUCCAAGAAACUAUUUUAAUUGAGUGUAAAAGAGUGAAAUCAUUGGAAGUCAAUCAUGGAUGAACACAGGAAUGUGGAAGACACUCCUGCGUCUCAAAGACUUACAAAUGACGACUUUAGGAAGCUGCUAAUGACCCCUCGAGCAACGCCCUCGGGUGGCGCGCAUCCUGCCGGCUCUGUAAGGGAGGCUAUGGCCAAUGCAGGGUCUAUGCCUCCACCAACAGAAAACAAAAGUGAAUUGCGUCGUAAAAAGAAAUCCUACUAUGCAGCAUUGAAAAAGCAGGAAGAUAAUAAGCUUGCAGAGCUUGCUGAGAAAUACCGAGACAGAGCAAGAGAGAGGCGAGAUGGAAAUAAUGACAUUGGGCCUGUGGAUCCCACCAGCAACACUAGUAGUGCUUAUAGGGCUGUAGCUCCAGAUUUAAAAUCGGGUAUGGACGCAAAGGAAAGGAGAAGACAGCUGAUUCAGGAAUCAAAAUACCUUGGUGGUGACAUGGAGCACACUCACUUGGUGAAAGGACUAGAUUAUGCUUUAUUACAGAAGGUGCGCUCAGAAAUUCAAACCAGGGAACAAGAGCAAGAAGCGGAGAUGGAGCGGCUGGUUUCCGCCCCCGUGGAGCCGGUCAAAGAAAAGAAGGAAGUAGUGGAAGAAGAAAUGCAAUUCACGACAGCAAUGGGGAAAAACAUAUUCAAUAUGAUAUUGGAACAGAAGAGCAAGAAGAUCCCGCGCAACGAACUAUUCGGCCCCGGCCGCAUGGCGUACGUGGUGGAGUUGGAAGAAGAGACGGCUCUGGACAGCGACAUCCCCACCACGCUGACGCGCAGCAAGGCCGACGUGCCCGAGCACGCGGACCCGGGCGCCGCCGCCGCCGCCAACGACGUGGUGCUGGACAAGUUGGCGCAGAUCUUCUCCUACCUGAGGCACGGCCGACACAGGAAGCUGAAGAAGACCAAGGACAAGGCGAAUGAGAAGGGUCGCGCGGACGAUUCAAUCUACGGCGAGAUCGGGGAGUACGUGGCGGAGCGCCGCAACGAGAGACGCGAGGAGCGCCCCAGAGACGGGUACUUCGACAACGCCGCUCGGGAUGAACACGAUGAUGUUCCCGGCCCCCUCCCCCGGCGCACGGGCCCCUCCGCGGAAGAGAGAGACAAACGUUCAGCCGCGCUGCUCUCUCGCUUAGCGGCCGAACCCGAGGGAUACGCCGAGUGUUACCCGGGACUGAGGGAGAUGGACGACGCCAUCGAUGACUCUGAUGAUGAAGUGGAUUACACCAAGAUGGACGCCGGGAACAAGAAGGGACCUAUUGGUCGUUGGGAUUUCGACACUCAAGAAGAAUACUCAGCGUACAUGAGUAGUAAAGAGGCAUUGCCGAAAGCGGCCUUCCAGUACGGCGUGAAAACGCAAGACGGUCGGAAGACGAGGAAGACCAAAGACAAGAGCGAGAAGGCAGAGUUGGACCGGGAGUGGCAACAGAUCCAGAACAUCAUACAAAAGCGGAAGGCCCCGCAGAAUUCGGACGAGCCGAGUUACAAGACACCGAAAUACUAGCAGUAGUGAUUUGUAUGAUAGUGAUUUUGAUAUAUACAUUACACAUAUGCAUACAUACAGCGGCAACAGUGAAAGAGGAUGUUCUGCUGUAUGGCUUGCGGAUGGAAUUGAGAUUCAAAUAGUGGCAGGUUGCUAACUCAACACCUACAAGAGGAAUUCUAAGUUUACAAGCCUUUCCCUUAGUUGCCUUUUACAACAUCCAUGGUAAGGAUAUGGAGUGGUCCUAUUCCAUAUAACCGGAAAUCACGCGGCAUGAUUUUGAUAUAUAGUCAGUAAUAUUGUAAGUGAUAAAUAUAUUAUAUUGAUUUUAAAAUAACCUUAUCCAGGAUAGUGAUCACUAAAGAUCGGAAAUAGGUAGAUUGAAUUGGGGUCAAUGAACUGAAACGUAUAUAUUAAUAUGGACAUGCUUCCGUCCGGGAUUGCGGGAUUUGUAAAUAAUUAAGAUUUUUUCCGGAAUUUUUACAAGUGGGAUGAAGAAUAUAUUAGUGGUAGCUGUUUUCCCCCGACUUCGUUCACGUAAAUUGUAGUCCUAUGUUACCCGCGGACAAUGUAGUUUACUGUAAGUACUGAAAUGGAAUCCCGGAAAAGAGGCUUAUCCAUGUUAUGCUUUCUAUGGCAAUUCAUGAUGCAAGUACAUAAAAUCAAUCUACCUAUUCCGAUCUCUGGUGAUCACAGACGGACCCGGGGCUCCUCCCCAGAGUGGUGAGGAUGCAACCGGGACUUACGGCGUGCGGAUGUAUGGAAAAAUCAUUGGUUAAAUUUUAACUUCGCAAAUUGUACAGGAAAAUAAUAAAGGUAUUAUUAUUAAACGCGCACCCUUUCUUUUUAUCUCGGCCAUUUCAAAUAAUAUGUACCUGUAUUAUUUAAAUUUGUCAUAUAUGAAAUCAAUAAUGGAUUUCUGUUACAUUUUCAUAUAACAGUAUUUGUUAAAAUUGAUAUUUAAAAAAAUGUCUUGUGAUGUUCAGAAUAUUGAAGUGUUCAAGGAAUUGUAUUUUGACGCUGUAAUUUCGCCAAUGUAUAGAAAUUAUUGAUAUCUUUCUGAUUGGCCUGGGUCUUGGAUGUAUAUCUAUAUAAGUAUUUACUAUAAAAUAUAGUAUCGUUGAGUUAGUAUCUCGUAACACAAGUUUCGAACUUACUUCGAGGCUAACUCAAUCUGUGUAAUUUGUCCCGUAUAUAUUUAUUAUUAUUAUUAUUAUCUAGUCUUACGGGUUUUACAGUAUAUAAUGUAAAACGUCUGACCUCGAGCAUGCAGAAUGAGUUAAGUAGAAAUUGUUUGUUAUUUAAUAAACUUUUUCUUUAAAAAUAUUCAUUUCACAUACAUACAUAACUAUAGUCAAGUCUUUAUUCCUUACGGGGUAGACAGUGCCAACAGUCUCGGAAGGGCUGAAAUGCCACGUGUCUUAUCUUUAAAGUCAUAUAAAAUCCGAAGAAUUUUUAUUAAAUAACUAGUGGAACUAUUGAACUGUAUACUAUAAAAGUGUAUGAUUGAGUUAUAGUCUGAAAAAAAUGGGUGUGAAAGAUUUUGUUAAUAAUUAGAAAUAUUAUUUUAAGUUGCAACAAGUGCCUGACAGAACUAUUGUUGUUUUGGACGGACUUUGUACAUGAAACAUUACUUUAGUUAUAUAAUUAAUAAAAAAUAAUAAA